UUCCCCUCUUGUCCCUUUGCUCAACUCACUUCCCCCAUCCUUACCUGGGAUCCGACUCAGUUCCGAUCGACACUUCCAACAGCAUGACCCUGUCACGCGGCCUCUUCUUAUGCUACGUCUUCUGUACAGUUGAUAUCCAGCCUGCUCGGACGGCCGCCAAUACAAGCGCCACGAUUGAGGACGGUAAACCUCAUCGUAACUCGAGUGAUAUGGGCAAUUUAUUCUCAACGUGUCAGCUCAGAAAGCCGCAUGUAGUAGUAUAUGGUUUGUCUUUUUUUUUUUCCUCAGCACAAGGCACUCUCCCUGCUCUGCAGUUGACAGCCACACCGGCCUUCCCAGUGGCGGAGGGUCAGAAGGUCAGCCUGCGCUGCUGCGCGCCGAGCUCACCGGCCUUUCACAACUGGCACUGGCAAAGAGAGGAGCAAAAGACGUGGAAGAAAGUGGCCAAGGGGGGCCAGCUCACCCUGAGCGAGCCACGACAGAGUGGACUAUACCGCUGCUUGGCACAAAGCAAUCAAAGUGAGAGUGUCAGUUCCAGCCACGCCGUCUUUAUCAUCUCCCUUCAUGCAACAGCAAAUAUCGGAAUAGCUGCCUUGGCUCUCUCUCUUUUGGCCUUGAUAAUGAAUAUCGCCAUCAUGUUUUGGCUGGGAUGGCAAGGACUUAGAGACAAGAGAUGCGCUGCUAGCACAGGAGCUAAAGGUUUUCCAAGAGCCAUAAAGGAAGCAAACGGAGGUCUUCCUCACACGGUGACUGACGGACACGUGUACAUGAAUUACUCAAGCACCAACCUGACCUACACAGAUCUGGAUGCUACGAGUGUGACUGCGGACAGCACCUACUCAGUUCUGCCAUGAAUUGAAUCUGAUUAAGACGAUAGAUUAGAUGAAUGGGAACUCUAAUUUAUACAAUCACUUGUUGACUAACUACUGUCCACAAGUUGUGGUUAGCGGAAGAACACACCGCAAGCAUUUUGAAAUAACACGUAGGCCCGCGGUUUCCAAAAGCCUGAGUGAGAACUUACAGUUUUGGUGGGAAAUGCUGACGCCAUGUAAAAAUAAAAAGCUAUAUGACUAAUUUGAGAACUUUUUUCAGUUUUUUUUUUGGUGGAUUAUCGUCAGACAAAGAUUGAGACUUCCAAUGACUCUCACAAACUUCUGCUUGCAAAACUUCUUCUUUUCUGUGUAUACGUGAUGCAGGAAGUCAGAUUGGCGCAAUUCAGUCUACGUAUAAAAAAAGCAGUUGCUCUGGUCAGGAGCAGCUGGGCUUUCUCUGCUACUAUUACAAACAAAACUCUCGUCUUAAAUUGAAUUAAUUCAGUCCCAGAAGUCUAAUCUCUUUAAUUGAUAGCGUCUCUCUUGGCUGCCUGCAGUUCACGCGGAUGGUGGUCCAAUCGGCUUUCAGCCUUUCUGGGUUGUCGUGUCAUCCGAAUCUCUG